AUGCAGCGAGUCUCCGCAUCCAGCGAGAAGUUCCGCCACAGGGUAGCGGAGAUUAUUUGGGACGAUGCGCGCUUCACGGAGGGCCCACAAAGAAGUAUUCAUCUCUCCGAGGAAGAAGAAUGGCUCUCGAACUCGGACUCGGACUCGAGCGAAGAUGAGGAUGAGGAUGAGAAUGAGGAUGGGGAUGAGUGUCCCAAAUGGUUUAAGGUUUCAUGCAAGCGAAAUCUUAAGGAACUGAGGAAACGCAAGAAUGGCGACGUGGACCGCCCAGAUCAUAUCGCGCGAGCAGAGCAGGUUGCGGCACAGCCUCCGCUGAGAAACUGCUGGGAGUAUUAUCAAGAUUUGCUACGACAGCAAGAAGAUGUGCUAGCCGCUACCAGUGAUGAAGAGGCCUUCCUGUACGGGCUAAAGCAGUUUUCUACAUUGAAAAGAGUCACGAUCACCCCUGCAGCCCAUGGUCAUCUUUUUGCUCCUUUUUACCCGACCCCAAUGAUUCGGGCAUUUCCCAAAGGUUUCAACUAUCCCAUCCCUCGCGGAUGGCCGACUAGCGGGGAACAUGAGAUUCCACCACUCGCCUUUCUAUGGCAAAAUCUCGAUGAGGGGUAUAAAGAAAAAUACCGUGGAUUCCGCAUUGUGACACGCGUGCUCGCAGAAGAAGAACACAAUGUCUCCGAGCUGAUUCUGAAUGCCAACCAACUUCCUACUGGAAUCAAUUGUACGAUCUUUGAUGAUCCUUGCAAGGAGUACGACAAUUUUGCUACGGUGCUAAAACAUCCGGGGUUCCGUCGUCUAGACCUUGCCCUAAUUAUUGGUGGAAUAGAGCGCGAAGAACUGAAUUGGAGCUCGUUUCGCAAUGGAAGGCUUCGCCAGGCACUAAGCGUAGCAAAAGACAUAGAGGAUAUUAGGCUACACACCACGGUCAUUAGUGACCCUUAUUUUGACGGCACAACAGAGGUAGGCGCUGGAUCACUUCGUCAUUUCAUUCCUUUACAGAGCAUCUUUCCUAUAGAGAAAUGGUCGAAGCUUCGCCAUUUCGAACUAUCGCGUUUCCUAGUGGUGCAAUCCGAUGUCAUCUCAUUGCUUUCUGUAUUACCAGAGACCCUCCGCUCCGUCCAGUUGAGUUGGCUGAAAUUCCUCGACGACGGUGGGACUUGGUAUAGCUUCCUCGCAGAAAUGCGCAAAAAGAUACGCGAAAAUGUUCUCUGGCCAGAUCGAGAUACGGCCUCACGGCCAAAAGUUACGAUCGGGGUAUCAACAUUCCAUAUCCGGGCUGGACGUGGGGUCUGGCUUGAAAAGGAGGUGCAAGACUUCCUCUACGGAGAGGGGGAGCACCCAUUUUAUAGUGAUACGCCCAGAAGUGUGAAGACCGGAUUCGGAACCGAGAGGGAUACAUUUGAGCCCAAUCAUGCUCGUCCUCAGGAUUGUCGAAGUGUUUUAGAAGAGAAGGGCUAUAUCAAGCCCCUUGAAUGA